AGGCGGAUUUCCCUGACUGAAGACCAUGUUGCAGGCCCACAGCUGCCUACAGGCCCUCUGGGCAACCGUCCCAAAAUAUGGCAAAGACACCUAUUCUGAGAGAUAGGGUCUCACCAUGUUGCCCAGGCUGGUCUUGAACUCCUGGACUCAUCCUAAAGUGCUGGCCUCUCAUUCCCUGUCUGUGCACACCUCACAGCAAGGGCCAGCCCGUUUCCUCCCGGUCACCUCCAAAUCUUGCUGCUUUUAACUCAACUCAGAAGUAUGCACUUGAGAAGCACAGCCUUGGGGACUGAGCGGGCCCUCACUGUCACUUUAAGAAGGGAAUCAGCCACCUUGUGUUCACCACCUCUGGGGAAGGUGUGAGAGGAGAGAAGGAAGUGGCUGUUUGGCUGCUGACAACAUGAAGACUUCCUGUGAUGAGAACAGAGGCACAGGUGCUGGCCCUGCAGCCCCCAGAACCCGGACUGAAGGGGGCCGUGGGGCGCCGGACCCUGGCCCUGCCCUGGGUGCUGCUGACCCUGUGUGUCACUGCGGGGACCCCAGAGGUGUGGGUGCCAGUUCGGAUGGAGGCCACUGAGCUCUCGUCCUUCACUGUCCGUUGUGGGUUCCUGGGGUCUGGCUCCAUCUCCCUGGUGACUGUGAGCUGGGGGGGGCCCCGAUGGUGCUGGGGGGACCACGCUGGCUGUGUUGCACCGAGAACUUGCAUCCGGCAAUGGGCCCCUGCUCGCCAGGCCCGCUGGGAAACCCGGAGCAGCGUCUCUCUCGCCCUGGAAGUCUCUGGGGCCAAUAGCCCCUGCACCAACACCACCUUCUGCUGCAAGUUUGCAUCCUUCCCUGAGGGCUCCUGGGAGGCCUGUGGGAGCCUUCCGCCCAGCUCAGACCCAGGGCUCUCUGCUCCACCGACUCCUGCCCCCAUUCUGCGGGCAGACUUGGCCGGGAUCUUGGGGGUCUCAGGAGUCCUUCUCUUUGGCUGUGGCUACCUCCUUCAUCUGCUGCACCGACAGAAGCACCGCCCUGCCCCUAGGCUCCAGCCAUCCCACACCAGCUCCCAGGCACUGAGAGCACGAGCAUGGGCACCCAGCCAGGCCUCCCAGGCUGCUCUCCACGUCCCUUAUGCCACUAUCAACACCAGCUGCUGCCCAGCUACUUUGGACACAGCUCACCCCCACGGGGGGCCGUCCUGGUGGGCGUCACUCCCCACCCACGCCGCACACCGGCCCCAGGGCCCUGCCGCCUGGGCCUCCACACCCGUCCCUGCACGUGGCAGCUUUGUCUCUGUUGAGAAUGGACUCUACGCUCAGGCUGGGGAGAGGCCUCCCCGCACUGGUCCCGGCCUCACUCUUUUCCCUGACCCCCGGGGGCCCAGGGCCAUGGAAGGACGCUUAGGAGUUCGAUGA